AUGGCUUUAUCUCGGUGUUUAGAUUUGUCAAAGACUAGAGACUACGUUCAUGUCAAUGAGGAAGUAAUAUUUUUUACGGAGAUAGACAAGUCGCUUCAUAUAUUCGCAUACUUUCCCAGCAAAGGAUAUGGAUACAGUGGAUCAUUUCCACCCCUAUCCCUUAGAGAGCUGGCCAGCAAAUUCAACUUUCCUAACAUGAAUUUGCUCCUUACGUGGGCAAGGGAUCGAAUCUCUGAAAAAAAAUUUACCUUCCAGGAUGUUGAUUCGGAAAGAGUCAAUUUCAUAAUAGAGUCAGCUUCGCCGGUUCAAUUAAUAUUUCAACUUUCCCGAUCUCAAAGUGAAGGUAAUUUGAUCUUAUCGAUUGCGAAAGCACUGCUUUGCAAACAAGCCCACGUUGAGGAGUUGGAAAAGUCAAAUGCCGAACUACUUAAUCGUUUGAACGUUCAGGACUCAUUUCCCUCGCCCUCACACAAGCGCAAGACUUCCGGUAUGAGUUUCACGAAUCCGCACCUUAGAAAGCGAAAGCCGGCAACUGGACUCACUUUCAUCUCCGACACCGGUGUUGAUGAGACCUAA